UGUUCCCUGCCUCGUACCCAUUGCUUCCGGGAUAGGCUCCGGACCCCCCGCAACCCAGUAGGAUAAGCGGGUUGGACAAUGGACGGAUGGAUGGAAAUUGUGUUGACCCAGAUUGAUUUAACACCGCAAAAAUCAGAUAUUGUACACAUUACUUUAAAUCAGCUGCCAGAUUUCCAGUUAUUUUGGAGGCCUAAACCUCUCUGGGCCAGGAAAAUAUCAACUUCUCAGUACACAUCAGGUGUCCAACUAUAUAGAUUAUAGAUUAAACUUAUAAUAAUGUUUUCAUUUCUAAAGGGAGUAUACCUUCGGACAUAUUAGGAUUAGGUUUUAUAAUAGAUUAUAAUUAGACCAUGUAUAUUUACUUGUUAAAGCAAAAAAUCUGCAUUUAAUGUAGCAAGGGACAGUAGCUGGCAAAGGAGUCCUGAGUGAGAGAGACUGAGUCUGCGUCAGGACAAAUCCAGGCAAGAGAGGCGAUAGGCCCGGGUGUCCUACAAAUAUUAACAUAGUAUAUCUGCAAAAAUGGUUUAAUCCCCCCCCAAGUGUCUUGGUUUUUCACAAGUAAUAGGUGGCAACCCUAGUCAUGAUCCUAUAUCAAGUGUAGGUUUAAAUUAACACUAUGGCCAUGGAGUGCACUCUGCAAUUUACGUUAAUCAGUACCGUUUCGCACAAAUCUGAUUGGAUGUGCCAGUGAAUCUUAAAUUAAGCAUAUGUGUGUUGGCUUUGUGGAUUGGUUGAGUGUUCACUAGUUUUGCGCUAAGCAGUUGCAGACCCAAGACCCAUUUAUAUAGGUUAAUUCUAGGAUUGGGCCAGGGAAAUCUGAUCGUGGAUCAGCAUAAGAGCUUGCUGUUUAUAAAAUGCUUACAUUUCCAACUCUGCCUCAUGACCCUUUCAAAACUUGCCAUGACCCAAACUGGGUCGCGACCCAUGGGUUGAGAAUAUCUGUACUAAAGUAUGGACUGUGAUCUACCUCAAACAAGGAAACAAUAUCAUGUUUCAUUGCCAAAUAUUUCUUCCCCACAGCUUUUAUAUUUGAAUAUCGACUUCAUAUUUAGUGGUUUCCUAAUUUUCCGGAAUUGUAACAAUACUUAACCCUCAAACCUUCAAAAUGGGGCUCCUACUCAAAGACACAUCAGGCUUCAUGGUUUUCCCUGCUGUGGUGUUGCUGGUCCUGGGCUCUCCUCACCGCACCUCUUCAGCAUCCCAUUCACUGUCACUCAUGGCGACAUUCAUCUCGGGAGAGACCCCAUUUCCAGAGCUUACACUGGCAGUGACAGUAAACAAUGUCCCAGUUGAGUACUACGACAACAAUAUUAAGAAGGUUGUCUCACGGAGACACUGGAGGGCCAACAACACUGUUGAGGAUACUGACCGCCAAUAUUUUGUGGUGGAAAAUGUGCACAGAAGUAUGAAAAGUCAGACUCAUAAUUUGAGGAAGCGCUUCAAUCAUACUAACGGGAUUUGUAUUUCUCAGAAAUUUGCUGCAUGUACCUUGGAAGGUGACAGCCUGAGCCAGUUCUUCCUCAGAGAUGCUUAUGAGGGCGAGGAGACGAGGACCUAUGACAUCCUGGAACAAAGAUAUGAUCCACAUGUGCCAGAGUUGAUGUGGACCAAGUUAAAAAUGGAAGCUAAAAAGCUGACUUACAUAAAUGUAUACCAGCCUCUUUGUCUUAAAUUGUUAAGGCAAUACCUCCAGCAGGACAAGAAUGUAUUAAUGAGAAGAGAGCGACCCAGGGUCCGGGUGACCCAGAAGAGAGACCCAGGCACUGGGGGAGCACAGGUGUGCUGCUUGGCCACUGGCUUCUUUCCCCGGCACAUCAACAUGACCCUGCUGAGAGACGGCCAGCCCGUCCCAGAGCAGGAUCUGACAGGAGGGGAGGUGCUGCCUAAUGGAGACGGAACAUUCCAGAUGAGGAAGAGCCUCAGUCUCAGUGAGCAGCAGUUGAGGGAGAAGCACCAGUAUACCUGUACUGUCACACACAUGGACAGAAAGGAAGACUUUGGAUUGGAACCAGAAGAUCAUCCAGAUGUUAUCCUCAUCACUGUUCUGGUUGUGACUGUUGUGAUUGUCCUGGUUGUAGCCGUCUUCCUCUGUUGGAGAAGACAGACCAGUCCACCGGAUCCAUGUCAAACCUCUGAUCCUGUAAGAUACACUGCAGCCCAGAAAACUGAGCAGAGUGACUCCACAUCCAUCUCCUCCAGCUCAUAAGACACUCCCUGCACAUCAGGUUCAUUGCUGAUCAAGCCUGGAAAUUCUAUGAAGAGGAGCUUCAAUCUGGACAGUGUCCUAAUUAAGCCAGCAGCCUGUGUGGCCCAGGCCUCGUAAGCACUGCACUUUAACAGGAAUGUGACUGACAGCCCUUGCUGAGUGGAUGUGUAUCAUUCUGUAACAUAGAGUGCCAAAGUUCGCCUCCACACUCUUGCAUAUAUCAUAUGGCAUAAUUCCAGGGAGGAAACCUGUUACAGAAAUGAAGUAGCUUUAUGGUGCCUGUGAAUAAAUCGGUUCUUCAUCCACCUAAACCAGAAUUCUGCUUUUAUCAAGUACAGCUGCAUUCCAUAAAGCGUGUUUGAAUCUCACCAUUUUACAACAGAACUAUGUUUGACUGGUCACUACUAGGGAUGUAACGAUACACUCAACUCGCGAUUCGAUAUGAUUCACGAUUCUUCACGAU